CAACUAAAUAAAAAUAAUUGUGAAUAAAAAUGCAAAAAGAUCAUCCAGAGAAAUCAAAAUUAAGGAUACGUAAUACUACACCAGAACCAAUAAGAAGGAACAUAGUAGAAAAUACCAUAACAAAUGUUCGUGCAGCUAGUUCUCAUCAUAGAUCAACAAUGAUGCCAUGUGAUUUUGCUAUACCACAGAAUUUUGCAAAAAAAAAACUUGCUUUGGAUCGUAUGUCAAUAUUUUCUACACAAUCAUUACUCGAUGUAACUAAAAUGACAGUUCCAGAAUGUGAUGAUACAGAAAUGAAACUUCUUUACGAUCAAUAUUUGCAAAAUAUGAUGUUAGAAGUAAUUUUAAAAAAAAAAGCAAAAGAAAAGACAGAAUUAUUUUUAUGUCAAUUAGCUACAAUAACUAAGGAAUAUGAACAUAAUGAAGACAAAUUAUUUAAAUUGAAAACUAGAGAAAGAGAUAUAAUAAAUUUGAUAAAAAUACAAAAUGAUAUUGAUUCACAAAUUAUAGAUGUGAAUAAUUGUACUAAAGAAGAAGAUCUUCAAACAUUAAAAGAUAUUAUAUCUAAAUUAUAUAAUCUUUUGCAACCUUUGGAUUUACUUCGCUGUAGUGAUAUUAUUCUUCCUGAAACACCUGAAGAAUGGAAAGAAACAAGCAAAACUUUAAAGUUAUGUUCAGAAAGUUUAAAAUCUAUUAUAGAUUUGAUUGGAACAAAAAAUGAAACAUAUCAAGAUAUUAAUAUACAUAUUAAAGAGUUUGUAAAUAUUAUUAAUAACAUUGAAAAUCAUCAAGAAAGAGUGGAGAAGAUGCUUUGUAGUUUACAAGCUCUUGUAUUAAAAACUGCAUCUUUAUGCCUAAUGCAAUGUCAUGAUUAAUUGACAUUAAUAUAAUAUUAUAUAAUAUUCAAUAAUUAUUCAUGAUAUAAUAUUAAAUCAUAUGUAACAAUAUACAAAAUGUUAAUACAUUUAUAAAAUAUAUUUAAGAUUA